UCUUGGAUCUGAGGAUGAGGCUGUGGAAAGGGAGGAAUUCGAAGAGAGGGCGCCCCAGGGAGAAAGCUCUUGAAAUUUAAGAGGGAUCUUUACGGCUGGAAACCCAGAGGAAGGGGCGCUGGGUUGGUGGGGGCUCGGAGUGUGGCUUCUGAGUUUGGGGACUCCGAGUGGGCUGGUGUGAGGUAAGGUCUCAGAGAGGGAUGACACUGUACCUCACUUUCCCUGUGGCUAUGUUCUGGAUUUCCAAUCAGGCUGAAUGGUUUGAGGACUAUGUCAUACGGCGCAAGAGGGAGCUGUGGCCACCUGAAAAGGAAGGCCAGCGCCAAGAGCUAGAAGAAUUCAAAGAGCGGAUACGGAAGCAGCGGGAGGAGAAACUCCUUCGCGCUGCCCAGCAGAGCUCCUGAGGCCUCUGAGUGUUUGAAUACCAGCCCCUCCACCCAUGAAAUAACACAUACUCGGUUCCUUGUUG